AUGAAGACCGCCGCUUUCAUCGCCGUCGCCCUCUCCGGCCUUGCCCUCGCUGCCCCCAGCUUCAAGCGCGCCGGUACUGAGUGGAAGGACCUCACCGACCUCAAGUACGCCAACUCGGUCCCCGUCUCCAUUGCAAAGGGCGACCGUACCGCCGUCAAGACCUCCUCCAAGCGCGCCGCCGAUGUCGCUGCCGCCGUCCCCGUCAAGGACCUCCGCACCCUCAAGUACUCCAACGACGUCCCCGUUGCGAAGAAGCCCUCUUCCGCAUAA